AUGCAGCGCUCUGGCUCGUUCGAGAGGCGCAGUUCUAUCAAUCGGAGACCAUCGCCAAGUCCUUCACCAAUUCCUACGCCAUCAUCUAGAACUCGAACACCUUCGCCUUCUCGCGGUCGACCUCGAGGUAGCAAACCUCCUUCACGACCAGUCUCACGUUCGAAAUCUCGGGGACGGUCCUCUUCACGCUCAAGUUCACACUCGCCAUCUCGCCGCAAGAAGCGUAGCGAUGACCAUCACCAUCAUCAUGGUCUUUUCAAAACGACCGCUGGUCUGCUAGCAGGAAUUGGCGUUGCUACCGUGAUAGCCCAUAAGGUCUGGCCAAAGGGAGUUCUGCACGGUGAUCAUGAAGACUGGGAGCAUUCUUCUGCCAAGCAUGACAGGAAACCAACACGUCGUCGUCGCUCACCUGAGAAUGCUGAGCGUGUGUAUGAGCGCACUACAAGACGGCAUGGUGAUGUUGUCUAUCAAGAAGAGGUCAGCCGCAGACGGCCUCAAGGUUAUGAGAGAAUGCCACAGGAGCAUGUAAGAAUACGACAUCAUACUGAACGGUUUCCGUAUCCUCCUGAUGACUAUUAUGUUCAGGAGCAGCCUUUCUAUCCUGCCGAACGCAGAAGGACUGUUGCUCAGCCUGCUCAUUAUCCUCCUCAGUGGUGA